CAGAGAGGGAGAGAGAGAGAGAGCUCUGGUGGGGAAACCCAGCCCCCAUGAAUGAUCAAAGGUGGGAGGAAAAACCGAGGCACACCCUGUCUUUCCCCCUGAUCGCGUUAACCACCUCUCCACCGACAGUGAGGCGGAGAGCGGGCGAGCUUUGUUGACCAGCCGGGGAAGGAAACGUUAUAAACCCUUUGUCUUUUGGAAGUCAGCAUCUCCUCCUUGCUCUUUGCCGAUCCAGUGCGUGACGCCGCCGCCGCCGCCGCCACUGGACUCGCACCGCUGGUGACAUUAACGUUGUGGACUGCCUGCUCCAGCUAUUUUUACUGGUGGUUUCCUCUCCCCCCCCCUCCGAUCCCUCAUUCGCCCCCUCCGUCUGUCGAUCUAAGAAUGUCUUGAUGCAACUGCAAGGAAAUCACAAAUUUCAAAGCCUUUCUCGCGGAUGCCUUUGAAUUCACAAUGAGAGCGUUUUGUGCUUGAGACUCCUUUGUGUGGGUGAAAAAAAAAAUCACAUGAUCUCAAUUUGAAGCAGAAGAAACUGGGUGAUAGAAGAAAUUGUGUUUUUUCCCCCCUUUUGCUGGGUCAGCUUUCUGGAUGGUAGCAGUGGCAGAUCCUACAUAUCUUGCCGAGUACCCCGCAUACUGUAGAACUUGGAGAUAUUAAUAUUUUUUUAUUUUUUGCUACUGUCAGGGUGGACUGUGAUCACGUUUCUCCUAAACUGCUGAUUUGCAUUAAAUGUGCAGGAAUAUGCUCAUGAAGGAGUACCGGAUCUGUAUGCCUCUGACAGUUGAAGAGUACAGAAUUGGACAGUUGUACAUGAUCAGUAAGCAUAGUCACGAGCAGAGUGACCGCGGAGAAGGUGUAGAAGUGGUGCAUAAUGAACCGUAUGAAGAUCCCAAUUACGGGAAUGGUCAACUGACAGAAAAACGAGUUUAUCUGAACAGCAAACUUCCCAGCUGGGCAAGAGCUGUUGUCCCCAAAAUAUUUUAUGUUACAGAGAAGGCAUGGAAUUACUACCCAUACACAAUUACAGAAUAUACGUGCUCAUUUUUGCCUAAAUUCUCCAUUCACAUAGAGACAAAAUAUGAGGACAACAAGGGAUGUAAUGAUAAUAUAUUUGACAACGAAGCCAAAGAUCUCGACAGAGAAGUCUGCUUUAUUGAUAUCGCCUGUGAUGAAAUUCCUGAGCGCUAUUACAAAGAAUCAGAGGAUCCUAAAUACUUCAAAUCAGAGAAGACUGGGAGAGGCCUUUUGAAAGAAGGCUGGAGGGACACUCAAGACCCCAUCAUGUGUUCCUACAAAUUGGUGUCUGUGAAAUUCGAAGUCUGGGGACUUCAGACUCGAGUAGAGCAGUUUGUCCACAAGGUGGUCAGAGAUAUAUUGAUGAUUGGUCACCGGCAGGCUUUUGCUUGGGUGGAUGAGUGGUAUGACAUGACUAUGGAUGAAGUCCGAGAGUUUGAACGAGCCACUCAGGAGGCCACCAACAAGAAAAUUGGGAUCGUCCCGCCUGCAAUAUCAAUCUCUAACAUCUCCCUUCCUUCUUCAAUCCGUAGUGCUCCUUCUAGUGCUCCCUCUACACCCCUAUCUACAGAUGCGCCCGAAUUCUUAGUGGUUCCCAAAGACCGGCCACGGAAAAAGUCUGCCCCAGAAACUCUCACGCUGCCAGAUCCAGACAAAACGCCGUUGUAAAUGCAGCAUGUUUUCCUCUGACAAGCCAUGACUGAAAGAAUGGCGAUCGCAGCGCUCAUGGUAGUUGUUUUAUUUCGAGAAAUUUUACUGAUCCGGAAGUAUGCCUCCUUAACUUCCCCUGCUUGUCCCUUUUUGACUUUAGUAAGCUAAAUGCAUGCAAGAACACAGUUCAUGUGCUCUGUUUCCCAAAGGGAAGCUCUAAGCCAUACGACAGAUGUUGCUCUUGACACAAAAUAAAACAGCUUGCAGAAGCAGAAACCAUCUCUAUGUAGCAACAUACUAAAUAAGAGAGAUUUUCAUAUAUAGAAUAAAAUGUUUUAUCACUGGA